AUGGCCUCCAUCCCAGCCCCAGAAAAGGACGUGCAUCACAAUCCAUAUGCGCCAGAGACGCCCGUCACGCCCUCCUACUUCAACCCCGUAUCCCCCUUCUUCAAUGCCUACGACCGCUUCGCCCGCUGGCGCGCCGACCUCGGCCUCCCCCAACCAGGCACAGUUGAAAACCUCCAGAAGGAAGUCAAGGCCACGCACCUCUCCAACUACAUCUUCGACGGCGCUCGCGCGGACUUGACCAAGGGGCUGUCGAUAAACCCGCUCUUCCAGGUGACGCAUUCGUUUGCGCUCGGCUCACAGACCCUUCCUCCCUCCUACAACUUUGGUGCUAUUUUCGCCAACCCAAAGGUCUUCCUCCAAGGCUCCGUAGACCACGAAGGCAGCGUCAGCGCGCGUUUCAACUACGGGAAUCCCAAUUAUGUCUCCAAGAUGCAAGCCCAGCUCUCCCAACAACCAGACCAGAACAUGAUCCAGCUAGAGCAAGACUACAACGGCCAGGACUUCAGUGUCAACCUCAAGGCCAUCAACCCCUCACCAACCAACCUCACCGGCAUCUACGUUGGCAGCUACCUCCAGUCCAUUACAAAAAAUCUGGCCGUCGGCUUCGAAUCCCUCUACCAACGGCCAAACUCACAAACCGGCGAUUUCUCUACGUCGUACCUUGCAAAACUCACCAGCACCGACAAGAACUGGAUUGCUACUGCACAGCUACAGCCUUCUGGCGUUCUCCAGGCGACGUACUGGCAGAAGCUGAGCGAGAAGGUUGAGGUCGCUGCUGACCUCCAGGUCCUCGCUGCCCCUACUCGUCGUGACGCAAUCGCGACUCUGGGUGCUAAAUACGAUUUCCGUGUAGCUACUUUCAGGGCUCAGGUGGACUCGACAGGCAAGGUCUCAGCCCUUCUUGAGCAGAGAUUUGUCCCUGCCUUCGCCUUCCUUGUCGCUGGAGAGAUCGAUCAUUUCAAGAACGCUGCUAAAGUCGGCGUCGGUGUAAUGAUCGAGAGCUCCAGCCUGACGCCUGAGGAGAUGGGUGUCGUUCCAGUCUAA